AUGCCGUCGACAGCAAGGGGAGUCUUCACAACAUCUCUGAGUCCACGUCCCGCUGACGGCACGACGAGGCGGUCAUUCCUAGAAGUGGAAGCGGCCAAUGGAGAGGAGACUACGCUGCUUGAAGGAGGGCUGGCAAACCCUUACCUUGGAGCAAUCACGGAGUCCUGUGACAUUGCUCUGCAGUCGCCUCGCAUAGCGACGGAUGCCACGGUCUGCUCCUUCCACCGGCUGCUCUACAUCACUCUCCUGGGCUGCUUCGUGGUUGCUGCACUCGUGACAUCGCCGUUCUCUUUGAAGCAGGCAAACCCCUGGGGUCUCCUGGCGCUCUUUCUGCCGAAGCUGGAUCAGGUGCCGCCCAAAGACGAGUGGAUUGCCGACACCUGGGAUCACUUCAAGAUGCCGCAGUGUGACUCUGGCCCCAUGGAUGGGGCCGUCCAGAAAGUCAAAUACUGGAUCAACGAAUCGACCUGGGUGAAGCGGAGACCAGCAAAGAAAAUGCCAGGGAAAUGGUGGCUCUUUCCCAACGAGUCGGGCGGAGGUCACUGGGUCCCGGGCCACAUGGUGCCGGCCGAACCAGGCCACUAUGAGUACAAGAUGGUACUGCACCACAAGUCGGUGCCUCUAUAUCGGACGCCGCAGCAGGAAGCUUGCGUCGCGAGUCGGCGGACAGCCAACGAUCUCCAUCAGAAGCUGAUACAGCAGCACAAAGACUUCCUGAAGAAGCGUGCAGAGAUGGAGGAGUUGCUCCAAUGGCAAGAGAAGCACCACUGUGACGCGCAGACAGCCAACGUGAAGUAUCACCUCCGCAAUGGUGGCACGGAGAUGCAGGAGCCCGAUGGUGCACCUUCUGGUGCGCACUGCCAGCGAGCCUGCACGGUGAAGCGAUUUGCUGCCUACACCUGGACCAAAGAGGACGGGUGCAUUCUCAAGAAACCACGCUCCGGGACAUCAUGGCAGGCGCUGCCGCAGACGGGAGCCUACUCGGGUUUCGGCUGUGAUGUGGAAGAGGUUGCCUCAAGCCAGUGGAUUGCAGACGAGGCGCAGAAGCACACACUCCUCGACGGAGUCCAGCCUUCGAUGGAUGCCUUGGUUGGACAUGGGACUCCGGGCACCGUGCUUUGCGUGAUGCUCCUGACGCCGUAUACUGCCAGUGUGGAUGUCGUGCUGAUGCAGCAGCGCACCAACUCCGGGAUCUUCAAAUGUGACCAACAUGCCAUUUACAGUAACCAGAAGCUACGCCUCGCGACUGGCUUGACGACGCGACGGAUCCACGAUUCUCAGCUGGUGGAGAUUGGUGGCCAGUGGAACACAGCCUUAGACACAGACCUGGCGCUGGCCUUCUGGCGAGCUGUGCUGAAAGAUCCGGAGUGGAAGCAGGUGAAGUGGAUCGUGCAAACAUCGCCGGAGACGGUCUUCAACUUCGGCAUGCUCAAAUCAGUGCUGCUCAAAGAGGAGCAGCAAAGUGGCCCGGACGCGAAGGGCACCUACUUAGCAGCUCCUGGAAUCACCGGAUUCCCUCCUUUCUUCCAGGUCUUGUCACAGACAGCUCUCAAAAACUUCGGCCUGAUGUCUCGCGAGUGCUUUUGGCAAAUGAGAUACUGGGGGAAUGAGCAGUGGCCACAAUCAAUGUGGAUGGACAAGAGACCCGUGCUCAAUGAUCUGAUCGGCAACGCAACCGGAGCAGGAGCGUGCCUGUCACCACACUCGACAAGCUCCAUUGCUCAUCAUCCUGUUGCCUUACGAGAGCAGAGGGUAUGCUUCGAACAUGGCGGGGAUGAGUUUACCCACCAGAAGCUGAAGAAGUGA